UGCUCAGACUUUGGAACCGGGGCAACACAUUCACAGGUCCUGGUGAUCACAUCGAGGCGGACGGCAGAACUAUAAAAGCCUUAAAACCAAGGCGCAAGAUUUAGUCUUCACUCAAAGGAAGACUCUUCUCACCGCUUAAGGCCUUUCCAGGUGCUAGGACCCAACAUGGGGAGUACCAGGUUCUGCCUUUUGCUGCUCCUGGGCACGUACACACUGGCCCAGCAAGACGUAGGAAGUGUGGAUAAAAAAUCUCCAACCUGCUUUUUGGCCAAAACGUAUAAGAACUUCAGACGCUUUGUGUACGAGUACGAGGCCGAGACCUUCAACGGCGUCAACGGAGCCACGGACAACAAGAGCGGCUCCAGAGUCUCCUGUAAAGUUGAACUGGAAGUGCCUCAGACCUGCAGCUUCAUCCUUCGCACCACAGAAUGUUCUCUGAGCGAGAUAUCCGGCGUGGACGGCGAGGGCAACGCCCUGUAUCGCCCUGCGACCGGAGCUCAAGCCUUCAAAGCCGCAAUGGCCAAGAACCCGCUCAAGAUCACAGUGGAGGGACAGACCGAUGUGAAACUCUUCCCCGAGGACGACGAGCCCGUCAACGUCUUGAACGUCAAGAGGGGCGUGGUCUCCUCCCUCCUGGUUCCCGCCAUGGGAGAGGAGAGAAAGGACAAAAUGGCCACGGUGUACGGCGUCUGUGCCACAGACUUCACAGUCAACACCGCAACCGACGCGACCAUCAGCAGGGAUCUUUCCGGAUGUGAUGGUUUUAGCGCUCACCGACAUGCCACCAGUCCCCUGGCGAUCAUCUCCGGCAUGCAGUAUCCCCUGUCCAAGUUGAUCAGCAGCAGCCAGAAUUGCGAUUACAAGUUUGACAACCAGAAAAUGACCAGUGCGAGCUGCAAAGAGAAGCACCUCUUCCUGCCUCUCUCCCACCAGAACGAAUAUGGACUUUCGACUAUUGUAAAGCAGACCGUGGCCCUGAAGGAGACCGCCAAGAUUAAUGACAGAGUCUUUGAUCGCAAUGAGGCCAACCUCCGCUUCCUGCCAAUGGAGCACAUUGACGGACGGUCCUCUGUGCAAUCUAAAGAUGCCGCCAUUGCCACACUGCAGCAGCUGGACACUCUGUCCCAGACCACCAAGGGAGAGGAGCGUGCCUCCCUCUUCCACAAACUGGUGUCCGAGAUGCGCGGCCUGAAGGCUGAUGUGCUGGGUUCGGCUGUCCUUGAGAUGAUGGAUGUGUCCAACCCCCUGACCGUGCAAGCUCUGGUCCAGUGUGGUACUCCAGAGUGCAUCAGCGCCAUGCUGAAAUUUCUCAGGACCUUUAACACAGCUUCUAUUGAAGUCGAUGCCACUGUUUAUGCCCUGGCUCUGCUGCCAAGCCCCUCCCGCCUUUUGGUCAACGAUAUGCUGGCUAUGGCUCAGUACAAGCAGAGCAAGCCCAUCAUGUACGCUUUGAGUAAUACAGUCAGAAAAUUGUACCAGGCUGAGGGCAAAGUCACUCCUGAGAUCACUGCUGCUGCUGACUUCAUGGCUUCCCUUUUGGGCUCAGACUGUGCUGGGGACAAAGACCUCACCUUCCUGACAUUGAGGGUUGUAGGUAACAUGGGAGAUGUAAUGGAAGAGGCUUACCCUGCUAUCAAGAACACGCUGUUGAAGUGUAUGAGGCAGCCUGCGACCACCCUCUCUGUCCAGCUUGCAGCCAUCCAGGCUUUCAGGCGCAUGUCUUUGACGGAUGAGGUUCGCGCUAACCUCCAGAGGGUCAGCCAAUACGCCAAAGGUGCUGUGCAGAAACGCCUUGCAGCUUACCUGAUUCUGAUGAGGAAUCCCCAAAACAGUGACAUUGAGAUGGUGAAGAAGAUCCUGAAGCAGGAGCAGAACGUGCAAAUUAAAUCUUUUGUGACCUCCCACGUCUACAACAUCAUCUCCUCCACGGAUUCUGAUACUCAGAAGCUUGCUAGGAGGAUAAUGGACGCCUUGCAGGACAUUGACGUUGGCACUCACGAUGACUACAUGACAAAGUCUCGCAACUACAAGCUGGGUGUGGCACAGGAGAACAUGCAAGUCAACGUUCAGGGCAACCUUAUCUUCGAUUCUAGCAACCACCUGCCCAGAGAGAUCCUGUUGGAAUCCACCCUGAAAGCCUUUGGCUACAACAUGGAUAUGUGGGAGGCUGGCAUCGAAGGGAAAGGUUUUGAACCCACCAUUGAGGCCUUGUUUGGAAAAAACGGCUUCUUCCCAGACACACUGUCCUUGGCUAUGUACUGGGCGGAGGAUAAGAUGCCACUCAAGAUAAAGGAAGUUCUGGAGAAGUGGUUUGUUCCAUCAAAACCAGAAGGGCAUAAGGUCCCUGAAGAUCUUAUGAGACAAGUAGCUCACAAUUUCAACAAGCUGAUGAGAGAACUGCAGAAUCAGGAAACACCAGAGGCCAUGGCCUACCUUAAGAUCAUGGGGGCAGAGCUGGGCUUCAUCAAGGCCAGCGAUAUGAGGUUUAUUGUUGAUAAUGCAAAAAUGUAUGGAGAGUUUUUCUUCAGGAUCCUCCCCAGAGAGGUGAUGUCUAAACUGAUCUCGGGCACGGACAAUGAGCUCUUCAUUCAUUACAUGUUCAUGGACAACAGAUUUGUCCUACCAACUGCAUCUGGCUUGCCUCUGACUUUUUCGCUGUCUGGCAUUUUUGCUCCCGGAGCUAAAGGAGGCCUUCGCAUUUCUCCAAACAUGAACGAACUGCUGUUCAUGCCUUCUGUUGGAGUGGAGUUUGUGACCCAGAUGGGAGUCCAUGUCCCUGAAUUUGUUGAGUCUACUGUCGAGAUGCACACCAGCAUGUACCAUGAGAGCACCCUGGAUGCUAAGCUAAUCAUGGAGCCGAACCAAGUCAAACUCUCCAUUCCGGCCGCUAAGGGCACCACAAAGCUCUUUAGAAUCAGCAAUAGAGUGCUGAUCAUGGGCGCUGGCAAAGCUGCAGAAAUCCCACACAAUACAGGUGAUGUGAAUUGUGGCUUCUUCGUCGGAUUCAAUUAUUGCACUACAAAACUUCAAGUUGACAUUGGCAACAAAAAGAAUGUGCCCUACUUCCCCCUGAACGGAGAAACAAUGUUUGCAAUUGACAUCACGCCUGCCGUACAGGUGUCGGCGUACACAGCGACCAUUGCUUACAAUCUCCUCAAUGAAGGAAAUGAUGGCCGCCAGAAGGUUGAUUCCCUGAAGAUGACUUUGAAAGCUGAAGGGGCUAAACCCACUGAAGCUUCUGCCACCAUGAAAUACAACAGGAAUACGAAUGCCUUGACCACCCAACUCCAGAUACCCGACAUGGAUGUCGAAGGCGGAGUGAAGGUUGGCUUGACUGACAGCGGCACCGGUGGCAAAGUCAUUAGCUUUCAGCUAACUAACAAGAACGUACCACAACUUACCCUGACUGUUGGUGCCCAGCUUCAUGACAUGGCUGAUGGCCGGCUGACGGUUCAGAUGUCGUCACCACCUCUGCGGACGGAUGCCACAAUCUCUGCCUCCAUGAGAAAAGCUGAAGAUAUCACAUUUGAGAUCAGAAGUGAUGUGAAACUUCCAGAGACCUUCUCCGUUCAGUCAGUCACAUUCAAAUAUGGGGACGACCAUGCGGAGGUCAAGCUGAAGUCCAACAUGAAUGCUCAGACCGAAGUCAUAAAGCCUUACACUGAAGCCUUAAUGGUCUCAAUCGGACACUUUGCUGAGGAUGCCAUGGAUCAUCGGGUUGUCAACACUGACAUGAAACUGCGUCAUAUUGUCAACAAUGCCGUUGAGGCCACCGGUAUCUGGACAAACAAGAUCUUAGCUGAUGUCCCUUAUGUGGAGACUGUGAUGAAUAACAUCGCAAGAGUGGAGAUGCCCUCUAUGCCCGAGAUCCUAUUCAUGAACAUGGAAAGCAAAUUCCGUUACAAGUUCAACAAGGACCAUCUGACCAUCACUAUCCCUCUGCCUCUUGGGGGGAAAUCCUCUGAGGAAUUAAGGAUACCUCCCGUAGUCACCUCCCCUCGCAUUUCCAUGCCACAGCUGGGAAUGGAACUCGCCGCACAGGAAAUAAAAAUGCCCACGUUUACCGUUCCCUCUGACCAUGAAAUCACUCUGCCCCUUAUUGGAAUGGUGGAAGUGUCUGGCAAGGUGAACAGCAACUACUACAACUGGGAGUCAACUGUGUCCGCAGGCAACAACACUGUAACCUUUCCAAACUACUUGGCCAAGUUCCAAGUUAAGGCUAAUAGUCCAAUCAAGCUUCUCUCCUUCACAACUGAGGGAGCAACGGUACUUACCGAUACAGACAAGAACACAAUGAAAUUCACACUGAAUGGAACUCUGGAGCACCAAUUUGUGAGUACAAGGGUGAAUGUGGAGGAAACUCUGGCUGUCUCAGACCAUAUCAAGGCAUCAGGAAUCUACAACAUCCAUGCUGCCUCCCCCCUGGGCCUGCAGACAUCUUUGGACAUUACCGACCAUUUCUCAAUUGAUUCAGUCAAGCUAUUGGGAGAUAUCAAUGCUGACGGAAGUGUCAGCGUUGGCUCUUUAACAUCUAGCACGUCAUAUUUCAACACCUUUUCAGUUGACGCCGUAAAGAAAGAGGCCCGUUUGGAAAGCACGCUGAGAGCCAACUCUGAAAUCCUGUUGGUUACAAACAAGAUCAAGGCUGUGUAUUCAAAUGAGGAGCUUAUGAUCAAUUCUAACACUAAUAUCAACAGUGAUCCCAUCAAGCACUCGACAAAAAUGAGCCUUAACCACAAGGAUGCCAAGCUUACCAUCAAGUCUGUCUCUGUGACCAAGGCUGAUCAGAGAACGCUUCACAACAGUGUUGAAUUCUCCGCCUCUGACGGUCAAGCCAACCUUCAUUUCGAAAAUAAGGCCGAUGAUACGGUAAACCGUGCCUACUCUUUGCUCUUUGCCUCCAUCAAUCCCUCUGGUUUGGAGCUCAAUACUGAUGCCUCCAUUAAUUUACUUUCGAGCCUCUCCUCUCACAAGGCAACCCUGACCCUCAACACAAAUGGCCUGACCACCAGUUGUAUUACAACUGCUCAGCACAGAACACUGACCUUUGGAAAUAUUUUCCACGGGGGAAUUGACGCUGCCGGCGCUACCAUGUCACUUACCACCAAGGGAGGCAUUCAAGAUAACAAAGUGGAGUUCAACGUUGAAGGAAAAGUUGCCAGCUCAGAAGUCUAUCUCAAUGGCCUCCUUACAGGGGACGGUCUAGGCAUCAACACAAGAAACACCAUGAACUUCAGAGUGAGCAAAGAUGGCCUUGUCGUAUCCAACAGUAUUGUUGGAUCUUUUGACGAAAUGAGGACCGAUAAUAUUAAUUCCCUCUCUCUUACACUAACGUCUUUGACCCUCCACACCAAGAGCGACAACACCCUUAACAAACAAAACUCCUACAUGCAUGACAUCACAGUUACCAUGGAGGAUUUUGUUGCCGCAGUCAUGGUGAAAAAUGACCUAAAGAUCAUGGAGAUUAACUUUAACAAUAAUGCCCAGUUCACGGCAAAACCAUACGAUGUGGAGCUGACGGGAACACUGAAGGGACUUUUGUCGGGGGAUGAGCUCAAGCACACUUAUGAAGUCAAGUUCAAGGACAUGAUCCUGUCGACAAAGUGCAACACCAACGGUAAACUCCUGGGUUCUCAGAUCACACAUAACACAGAUAUGGAGGUUGCUGGUCCGACUAUUAAAUUUAGCAAUGUUGCCGAUUAUAAAUCACAGUCUCUUCGUCUUAACAGCAUGAUUAAUGCUCUUGCGAAACCUUUCUCCCUUAACAUUGAUGCCUUGUUCAACUCAAAUGGUGCAGUGUCUUUUUACGGCCAGCAAAGUGGGGAACUGUACAGCAAAUUCCUCCUGAAAGCUGAACCCCUGCUGUUCACGCAUUCAUUUGAGUACAGAGCCUCAACCAGUCAUGAGAUUGUGGGCAGACCCACCAUCAAAACCAACGUGGAUAACAAGCUCAGCAGCACCUUAAGUUUCCAAGAGCAGAGUUUCAAUCUGAAGGUGACAUCCAAGGUCAACGACCACACCUUUAAACAGGAACUUGGGGCCUACAACAAUGCAGAGAGGAUGGCUGUUGAGAUGAGAGGAGCAGUGGCCACCAACCUCUUCAACGAAGACACUGAGGACUACAGUGUUUCUGGAUUUGUCAAGUAUGACAAGAACACUGACAGCCACUUCAUCCAGAUCCCGUUCACUGAGCACCUCCCUGUCAUUAUUGAAAAUGUAAAGACCACUAUGAUGACACUCAUGGACAACAGUAUUGAACUCCUGCAAGGCAUCAAUACCAAGUAUGAGAUCAGCACCAAGUUUCAGAACAAAGUAUCUGAACUGAAGGAAGUCAUUGACAACUUCGACAUAAACAUCUUUGUCCAAGAUGUGAGAAAGUUUAUCAACUCUGUUGAAAAUAUCUUGACCAACCUGACAACUAAGUUGCCAACAGAUAAUGUCAUCAAUGUGUUGAAAUCCAUCAAAGAGGCCAUCAUGGCGUACAUCAAACAACACAACAUCCCUGAUAGGUUUGAAGUCAUUUAUGGCAAAGUGGAGGAAAUGCUGUCCAAGUAUGAGGUCGAGAAGCUGAUCGGGUCAGUCAUGGAUGAGAUUGUUAAGAUUAUGAAGCAGUAUCAGGUGAGGGAAAAGAUUCAAUCUGUAUUUGCGCUGUUUAGGUCAAUUGACAUCCAACCUUUGAUCCAAAAGGUUAUGGUACCUAUUCAGGAGAUAGUCAAUCAGCUGUAUUCUUUUGACUUGACGCAGAUGAUUGAUGACGUGAGCGAUUAUGUCAUAAGAAUUGUCCAGAAUAUACAAUCCUUUGAUUAUGACACAUUAACAGCAGAGUUGAAAGAGAAAGUGACAGACUUGAGCAAGAUUCCUUGUUUUGGGAAACUCUACGGAGAGUUCAAAGUAAACUCGCCACAUUAUAACCUAAGGACUACUGCAGAUCUGGAGAACACCACGAGUACAUCAGUAACACCAGAGUUCAAAUUGAACCUUCAUUCUCAGGCCAGAUCUAGUUUAAGAGUCCUCCAGUUUACAGUAGAUGCCAGUGCACAUAUUGCCCUACCCAAGAUGAGACGUAUGGCAAUCUCAGAGUACAUUAAGAUCGAUCAGUCUUCUUUUAAAGUAGAUCACAAGGCAACAAUGGCUGCGUACCGCCUGGCAGUUCAAGGUUCUGCCGACACUAGUGUGAACGUAGCGACCGAGUUGUAUUCUGCAGAUCUUGUCAACCACAUGUACUUUGCUGCGGAAGAUGGACUCUCUGCCACGGUAAAUACAAACUACAACCAUGACCUUAACGUGUCACCCCUCAACAUCUUCACUCACGUCUCGACAACUCAAAAGACAAAUCUAACGUUGGAUUUAGGCUCUGCCCAUGUGAAGAUGAACAAUCUGGCUAAUGCAAAAUAUGCAAUUGAAGAUUUUUCAGAUGAGGUAACACACACCAGUGACAUGGACCUGGUUAUGGAUCUACACACAGCCAAAGUGACUUUCGUCGGUGCAGCAGACAGCAAAGGUUUUAAAACCAGCCAGAAUGUGGUUGCAGACAUCUGCAUUUUCCGCCAUGUCAUUAUUGAUGCCAAAAUUGAAUCAGAAACACCUGUCAUGAAAGGCAGUGUUGCACAGCUGAAAUUCCAGGCGAAGGCUAGCGAUUUGCAAAUAGAUCUUACCGCCUCCCAUUCUGCGGAAUUGAUUGACGGAACUCUUUCAAGCACCACCCUUGCCAUGAUUACACCGACAAAGCUCAUGUUUGAUAGUAAGAACAGGGGAAAUUCCAAGCUCUACCUUCCAUUUCAGCUGCCUGAAAAGAUUGAGUUCCAGAAUGACAUGUCACUCACGCUGAACUCCGAAGUACAACACGCCAGCUGGACAGGAAUGGCCCGACUCAACCAAUACAAAUAUUCCCAUUACUUUGAAAUGGAUAAUGGCGAUAAAGAAAUCAAUGUUGUUUCCCAGAUCAAUGGAGAGGCUAAUCUUGAUUUCCUGAGGAUACCAAUCACAAUUCCUGAAAUAAGAGUGCCAUAUGACGGAAUGAAGACUUCAAAAUAUGAAUUCACACUGUGGGAAGAUGCUGGCCUGAGUUAUUUCCUUACUACAACUCAGCAGACGUUAGACAUGAGUUCUUAUCUGAAAUACACAAAGAACCCUGAGAUGUUCACCCUUGAUAUCAAUGUGGAUCCAGUUAUCAAUGUCAUUAACACCAACAUCAAGACGCUGCACAAGAAAAUGCUACUCGGCAAAGAUAAGGCCGCUGCCCUGCUUGCUUCAUCGUACGAUAAAGCACAAGCGGAAUAUGAGAAAUACAGCAUUGACUUGCCUAAAACGGUGACAAUUCCUGCUUAUAAAGUACCAAUCGUCAAUGUUGAGAUGUCAACAUUCACCAUUCCCCUUCCGGACACCAGUCUUCUCACUAUGCCCACUCUGCAUGUGCCGUCAGCCAUCAGCAAGCUGACCCUUCCCAAAAUUACUCUGCCCAAAAUUAAGAGCAUAAACGUUCCAAAGAUGGGCGAUCUGACCUAUGAGUUCUCUGUGAAAACACCCAUGAUCACUCUCAAAACCAGCUCCGGCAUUCUCAACCAAGACAGCUUCACCAUCAAACUCGACGCAUCCUCAUCUUCGGUAUGCAAAAUCCUGACGGGGAAAAUUCAUGGCCACACCAAUGUUAACGUGGUUGGCGGAUUUAAGAUGGACUCCGUCCUGUCCGUAAAACAUCCGGCGGUUGAAGGAAGCCACGAAAGCACGGUCAUCUUGAGUUAUGAAAACGCUGACGCCUCCGUCAGCAAUUCAGCGAAGGUUCAACUGGCUGAUCGGACCAUGGAAAUGCACCAGGAUAUGACUGGAAACCUGGAAGAAGGUCUGGUUUUCUCUGUGUCCACCCCAUCUGUUGGACAGGUUGCAGUUCAGUUGCAGACGGAGCGCCCCGCGCAAAUGAGAGCAAGACUGUAUGGCCGCUACCCUACUGAACCAACAACAGAUAUUGAAAUCUUGGCCCUGAAGAUGUCUGUGGUGAACUCCGAGAAGCUGAAUGUUCAGACUUCCUGGAACAUGGAGAUGCCCUAUGAGAUGACCCUGGCACUAAAGAAGGAGCUAUCUGAAGUGGCGCAAAUAGUCGCUUUUCCUACCUCUAUGGCAUUCGAUAAAAUCAACCGUGAUGCCAGGAGCCUUGGGCGUUCCCUAGAACAGGCCAAGAACCACGGUUCAGUGUUGUUUAAGGAAGCUGUGGACAACAUUGCAGCUGUUAAUGUCUCCAACGUUAUAAAGUCUCUCACAGAUCAGAUGUCUUACGUGCUUAGAAAAUACCAACAUAGGGUUGACCUCCUUUUUGAUGCUGUGGUUAAAUUCCUGAGAGAGACCACGUUCCUGAUCCCAGGAUACACACAGAGGCUGUCAGGGCUUGAGAUCUAUCAGAAAUGUACUGACUUUGUCAUGACCGUAACCAAUGAUGUAAUUGAGAUCUUCACAAACGUCUUUGUCUACAUUUCUUUGAACACGGUUGAUUCCUUUGAAGCCAUUAGGUUUCCAAUUCCAGGCUCUGAUGGUGUUGUCAGUGGACGUGAAAUCCUAAAUACCUUUUUUAAAGUUGCAGCGAAAGUCAAUUCCCAAGUGGAGGCCACUUUGAAAAAAAUGGGAGUUUAUAAAGAUAUUGUCAGGUUUGUAAACGAAUUUCUGGACUUGGCUUGGGAACAAUGUGAGAGGUUUUUCACAAUUUUAGAAUCCCGAGAUCUAGCCAGGUUCUCCACCUUUGUGACCGACACGUACGAGGACGCCAUUAACUCGCGUGCCUUUGGUAUCGUCGUCAAGCAGUUUGAGAAGGUCCAAAGGAUAAUUAUUGAAUACCUCACAACGGUCGCAAGUAAACUUCAGACAGUUCUUGCUGACAUCUCCCUGGAACAGCUUAAAGAAGACAUCCGGCCCUCAAUGGACUCGAUGCUGAAUAGCGCAGAUUCUUUGUUUACGGAUGUCCAGGGAGUCCUCCAGGAACAAAGUGAAAGGGUUAAACAAUUCGUGACAGCCGGUGACAGACAGAUGGAGGUCGAUAUUCCUUUUCCCUUCACAGCCCAGUUCUACCGCUUCACCGUACUGAGAGAUCCAAGACAAGCCGCCUGCUCCUCUCACCCCGCCCAUGCCGGCAAACGUGCCGCCUGCUCCUCUGACUCCGCCCACGCUGCAGACAAGCCGCCUGCUCCUCUGUCCCCGCCCACGCUGGCAGACAGGCCGACUGCUCCUCUGACUCCGCCCACGCCGACAGACAGGCCGCCUGCUCCUCUGACUCCACCCACGCCGGCAGACGAGCCGCCUGCUCUUUUGACUCCGCCCACGCCAGCAGAUGAGCCGCCUGCUCUUUUGACUCCGCCCACACCGGCAGACAGGCUGACUGUUCUUCUGACUCCGCCCACGCCGACAAACAGGCCGCCUGCUCCUCUGACUCCACCCACGCCGGCAGACGAGCCGCCUGCUCUUUUGACUCCGCCCACGCCGGCAGACGAGUCGCCUGCUCCCCUGACUCUGCCCACGCCGGCAGACGAGCCACCUGACGAGCCACCUGGUGGUCUGACUCCGCCCACGCCGGCAGACGAGCCGCCUGAUCCUAUGAUCCCGCCCACGCCGGCAGACAAGCCGCCUGCUCCUCUGUCUCCGCCCACGCUGGCAGACAGGCCGACUGCUCCUCUGACUCCGCCCACGCCGACAGACAGGCCGCCUGCUCCUCUGACUCCGCCCACGCCGACAGACAGGCCGCCUGCUCCUCUGACUCCACCCACGCCGGCAGACGAGCCGCCUGCUCUUUUGACUCCGCCCACGCCGGCAGAUGAGCCGCCUGCUCUUUUGACUCCGCCCACACCGGCAGACAGGCUGACUGUUCUUCUGACUCCGCCCACGCCGACAAACAGGCCGCCUGCUCCUCUGACUCCACCCACGCCGGCAGACGAGCCGCCUGCUCUUUUGACUCCGCCCACGCCGGCAGACGAGUCGCCUGCUCCCCUGACUCUGCCCACGCCGGCAGACGAGCCACCUGGUGCUCUGACUCCGCCCACGCCAGCAGACGAGCCGCCCACGCCCGAGGACGAGCCGCCUGCUGCUCUGACUCCGCCCACGCCAGCAGACGAGCUGCCCACGCCGGAAGACGAGCCGCCUGCUGCUCUAAUUUGCCCAUGCCGACAAGCCGCCUGCUCCUCUGACCCCACCCACGCCGGCAGACAAGCCGCCUGGUGCUCUGACUCCGCCCACGCCGGAAGACGAGCCGCCUGCUCUAAUUUGCCCACGCCGGCAGACGAGCCGCCUGCUCCUCUGACUCCGCCCACGCCGGCAGACAGGCCGCCUGAUCCUCUGAACCCGCCCACGCCGGCAGCGGGGAGGAGUCCUCUGACUCCACCCACACUGGCAGACGAGCCUCCUGGUGCUCUGACUCCGCCCACGCCAGCAGACGAGCCGCCCACGCCCGAGGACGAGCCGCCUGCUGCUCUGACUCCGCUCACGCCAGCAGACGAGCUGCCCACGCCGGAAGACGAGCCGCCUGCUGCUCUAAUCCGCCCACGCCGGCAGACAACCGGAGCUUUUGGGGGACUGUUUCUGCAAAGCCGCCCGCGUGGCGGUUUCGAACACCUCCCAGACGCCCUCCUUGGUCUUGGCCGAGCACUCCACGUAGUCGUACGCCCCGAUCCGCGUGGCCAUGGCGCGGCCGUCCUCGGGCCUCACCGGCUCCAGCUUCAGGCGGGCCAGCUCCUGCUUGACGUGGUCGUCGUGGCGCAGGUCCUUCUUGUUGCCCACCAGGAUGACCGGCACGUUGGGGCAGAAGUGCUUCACCUCCGGCACCCACUUCUCCGGGAUGUUCUCCAGCGAGUCCGGGCUGUCCACGGAGAAGCAAAUGAGAAUGACGUCCGUGUCCGGGUAGGAGAGAGGACGCAGGCGGUCAUAGUCCUCCUGCCCGGCGGUGUCCCACAAGGCCAGCUGGACUUUCAUGUCGUUCACCUCGAUGUCCGCCACGUAGGUCUCGAACACGGUCGGCACGUAGACUUCGGGGAACUCGUCCUUGCUGAAGAGGAUCAGGAGACACGUCUUCCCGCACGCCCCGUCGCCCACCACCACCAGCUUCUUGCGGAUGUCGACCGCCGUCUGCGCCUCCCUCGCCAUGUUGGAAGCUGCCGGUAUUCUCUUUGUAACGUGCGGCCCGCGCUUUCCCGUGGAAUGAGCAUUCCAUGCAGCAUCCUAGGUAUGAAUGACGGGGCCUGGCAGGAGACGAGAGGUGGGAUGCUGCAUGCAAACGGUGCUCCUGAGGGUGGAGGUGUCCGAGUCCUCGCUGGAGUGCCCUUAGCUGCGGUUGCCGGACCUCCAGGGGGCCCGCACUUGCAGGGCAUGGACCGGGGCGGCAAUCCCGCGCCGGGAACACCUCAGCCUCCGUUGAGCGGUCGCUCGCAGGAUGACGCCACGGUGGGCUACUUCUUUCAGAGGCAACCUGGAGAGCAACUGGGGGGUUGCAUACCUAGUAAACAUCGAUGGCCGACUGGGGACCCUAACGUUGAUCAGGUCCGUGCCGUGGAUGACAUGAACUACGACUUUCAAGCACUCGCUUUGGAGUCCAGAGGGAUGGGUGAGCUUUUGCCUGCCAAAAAGCUCUGGGAUUCUGACGAGCUGGCGAAGGAUGGAAGGAAAGGAAUGCUUCUUGGCGAGGAGUGGAGGGACAACGCAUGGGGGCCAUCACACCAUUCAGUGUCCCAGCCAAUCAUGGUCCAGCGGCGGCCAGGCCAGGGUUUUCACGGAAACGGCGAUGCCAAUUCCGUGCUCUCGCCCCGCUCCGAGGGCGGCGGCCUGGGUGUCAGCAUGGUGGAGUACGUCCUGAGCUCGUCUCCCGGUGACAAAAUGGACGCUCGUUACAGGAACGGUGGCUAUGGCGGGGGAGAUGCCGACCAGGACGGGAGAGAGAAGAUUGACGGCCAAGAGAAGGUGUCUCCCUUUGAGGAGGACAAGAGCCCAGAGAUGAAGGUGGGAGACGAGAACGACCCCGCAAAAGCCAAUGGAAGAAGUUUACUCAACGGCAUGGACAGAGACUGCAAAGACUUCAACCCAACUCCAGGAAGCCGCCAAGCUUCUCCCACUGAAGCGGUGGAGAGAAUGGGCCCCAACCAGACAGGACUUGAGAUGAUGAGCCAGCACCAUCAUCAUGUCCACCAUGCCCUCCAGCAGCACAACCACAUCCACAACAAGGGCCCCGUGGAGGACUUCCAGAACCAGGAGGCCCAGAACAUGGGUGGCAUGGAGCAACAAGCCGGCGUGGAAUCCCUUCAGUUUGACUAUGCAGGGAACCAGAUUCAGGUGGACUCCUCCGGAACCCCGGUGGGAUUGUUCGACUACAACUCUCAGCAGCAGUUAUUCCAGAGGUCCAAUCCCCUGACUGUUCAGCAGCUCACAGCAGCCCAGCAGCAACAGUAUGCUCUUGCAGCGGCUCAGCAGCAGCAUCUUGCUGGCCUCGCUCCUGCAUUUGUGCCAAACCCUUAUAUCAUUAAUGCUGCGCCCCCUGGAACUGAUCCCUACACCGCAGCAGGCUUAGCAGCAGCGGCCACACUUGCAGGGCCGACAGUGGUUCCACCACAAUACUACGGCGUUCCUUGGGGUGUGUACCCAGCCAAUCUGUUCCAGCAGCAGGCUGCGUCGUCUGCUAAUCACUCGGCUAAUCAGCAAGCAUCCAAUCAGGGACCAGGGCCGGGUCAACCUCAGGUGAUGCGCACAGGGAACAACCAGCGUCCUCUUACACCCGGUCAAGGCCAACAGAGCCAGCAGGAAUCCUUGGCUGCUGCAAACACCGCAUUGGCGUAUACAGGAAUGUCCGGUUAUCAGGUGUUGGCCCCCGCUGCUUACUAUGACCAGACAGGGGCUUUGGUGAUGGGCCCAGGUGCCCGAACUGGCCUGAGCGGGCCAGUUCGUUUGGUCCAGACACCUCUCCUCAUUAAUCCUGCAGCAGCACAGGCGGCAGCCGCGGUGUCGGCGUCAGGUUCCGGCAACAAUAUGUCAGGUCCCCCAGCCAACGGCUUGUACCGCUCAAUGCCUCAACCCCAACCUCAGCAGCAGCAGCAGCAGCAGGGUCCCCCGCAGAGCAGCGGCAUGCCCUCGAGUUCUUUCUACGGGUCUGGAUCGGUCUCUCUCUCCAACACCUCUCAGAGCAGUUCAUUGUUCUCCCACACCUCCGCCGCACCUCCGCUCCAGACCUCCUCCCUGGGUUACAGCAGCACUGGCAACUCGCUUGGCGUGGGCCUGGCCUCUGCUCUCGGAGGGUUUGGAUCCUCUGUAUCCAGCUCUACCAGUAACAGCGUGUCUCGCAGGGACUCCCUGUUGACAAGCUCCGAGCUUUACAAACGUGGAAACAGCAGUUUAACGCCCAUCGGGCAGCCUUUUUACAACAGCCUGGGUUACUCCUCCUCACCCAGCCCGAUUGGGCUCACCUCCGGCCACUCACCGCUCACUCCUCCACCUUCACUGGCCUCCUCUCAUGGAUCCUCCACCAGUCUCCACUUAGGAGGCUUGACAAAUGGCAGCGGGCGUUACAUCUCUGCAGCGCCUGGCGCCGAAGCAAAGUACCGCAGCACCGGCGGGACCUCCAGUCUAUUUAAUUCCAGCAGCCAGCUUUUCCCUCCGUCUCGCCCUCGCUACAGCCGGUCUGAUGUCAUGCCGUCCGGCCGCAGCCGCCUCCUUGAAGACUUCAGGAACAACCGCUUCCCCAACCUUCAACUUCGAGACCUGCCUGGACACAUGGUGGAGUUCUCUCAAGACCAGCAUGGAUCCAGAUUCAUCCAGCAGAAGUUGGAGCGAGCCAGUCCGGCUGAGAGGCAGAUGGUUUUUGGGGAGAUUUUGCAAGCAGCUUACCAACUUAUGACCGACGUGUUUGGGAACUAUGUCAUCCAGAAGUUCUUUGAGUUUGGAAGUGCAGACCAGAAGCUGGCUUUGGCGACUCGCAUCCGAGGUCACGUCCUCCCUUUGGCUCUACAGAUGUACGGCUGCAGGGUAAUCCAGAAAGCCUUGGAGUCCAUUUCUUCAGACCAGCAGGUAAUUAGCGACAUUGUUCGUGAGCUGGAUGGCCAUGUUUUAAAGUGUGUGAAGGACCAGAACGGGAACCAUGUCGUGCAGAAGUGCAUCGAGUGUGUCCAACCUCAAGCCCUGCAAUUCAUUAUAGAUGCCUUCCAAGGCCAGGUGUUUGUCCUCUCCACGCACCCUUACGGCUGCAGAGUCAUCCAAAGGAUUUUGGAGCACUGCACCCAGGAGCAGACUCUGCCAAUACUGGAAGAGCUGCAUCAGCACUCUGAGCAACUGGGUCAGAAAUAUCAAGGCGUAUCAUUGGAGAUGACACCCAAAACAUAUUAUACAGUGUCCCGUGAUGCACUGUUCAAGGAUCAGUAUGGUAACUACGUCAUACAGCAUGUUCUGGAGCACGGGAGACCUGAAGACAAAAGCAAGAUAGUCGCGGAAGUCCGUGGGAAGGUUCUCCUCCUGAGCCAACACAAAUUUGCAAGUAACGUCGUUGAGAAGUGCGUGAUUCACUCCUCGCGUGCCGAGAGAGCCCUGCUGAUCGACGAGGUGUGCUGCCAGAAGGACGGCCCCCACAGCGCCCUGUACACCAUGAUGAAGGACCAGUACGCCAACUACGUUGUACAAAGAAUGAUCGACAUGGCCGAACCUGCUCAGCGCAAAAUCAUCAUGCACAAGAUCCGGCCUCACAUCGCCACACUGCGAAAGUACACGUACGGGAAACACAUCCUGGCCAAGCUGGAGAAAUUCUACAUGAAGAGCGGCUCCGAGCUGGGACCCAUCGGCGGCCCGACGAAUGGUCUCAUGUAAAGUCCCGGAGCCACACACAACAGACGCAGGUUCCGUUAUCCUCUGCCCCUCCACUACGGGGGGGAAUUACCAAAAGGAAAAAAAAAAAAAAAGUCAAUUUCACCCUAAAAUGCUGUGACAACUGACUCCCUCCACGGCGCCCCUUAUUCUCUCGGGUAAAGCACAAGGCCAUUUGUUAAUUAUGUAAUUGAUGUAUUUGACAGGUUUUCAUAUUGUACAUUUAAUUUUUUUUUAUCUUGUAAAUUCUUUGUAGAGGGGGGGGGGACAAAAACAACACAUUUGCUGAAACUUUUACAAUUCACACCGGCGAGUGACUUAUUCAAAGCUAAAACUGAGUGACUAAAAUUCCAUUUUGCUCUUGUCUAAGCUGAGGUUUAUUUGAUGUAACAAUAGUACCCCAAUGCCAAAGCUGCAUUGUCUGGGGCGGAGGCGGGGUAGCUUUCACUAGUCGUGUUUUUAAAUACCGUAUUUUUCGGAGUAUAAGUGGCACCGGCCGAAAAUGCAUAAUAAAGAAGGUAAAAAACAUAAGUCGCACUGGAGUAUAAGUCGCAUUUUUGGGGGGAAAUUUGUUUGAUAAAACCCAAAACCAAAAAUAGACAUUUGAAAGGCAAUUUAAAAUAAAUAAAGAAUAGUGAACAACAGGCUGAAUAAGUGUAGGUUAUAUGAGGCAUAAAUAACCAACUGCCUGGUAUGCAAACGUAACAUAUUAUGGUAAGAGUCAUUCAAAUAACUAUAACAUAUAGAACAGGGGCCGGCAACCCAAAAUGCUGCAAGAGCCAUAUAGGACUAAAAAAACAUAAACAAAUCUGUCUGCAGCUGCACAAAAUUAAAAGCCAUAUUACAUACAGAUAGUGUGCCAUUAGAUAUAAAUUGAUUUAUGAGGACUUAAAGGAAACUAAAUGAGCUCAAAUAUAGCUACAAAUGAGGCAGAGUAAUGCAAUAUGUACAAACAACUAGCCUAAAUAGCAUGUUAGCAUCGAGUAGCUUACAGUCAGGCAGUGACCAAAUAUGUCUGAUUAGCACUCCACACAAGUCAAUAACAUCAACAAAACUCACCUUUGUGCAUUCAUGCCCAACGUUAAAAGUUUGGUGGACAAAAUGAGACGGAAAAAGAAGUGGCAUAAAUCACGUCUUAGAAAGUCGGAGAAAGUUAUACAUGUAAACAAAGUAGGGUAAGGUCAAGGACCGCCAAAAUUAGUAGGACAAAACGGCGCUCGCCAAAUUCUCGAAUCAGUGAAGCAUGUUUAAUAUAAACUGUGCUUUAUAGCAAUUAGGGAGGUUUGUGUCAUGUUUGUCCUCCUACAGAAACCAAAUUCCAACAAAAAAUAUAUAUUUUUUCCCCCUCACCAUUUACAUUUUUCAUAUAUUUUUGAAAAAGCUCCAGAGAGCCACUAGGGCGGCGCUAAAGAGCAUAAAACACGUCUUAGAAAUUUGGAGAAAGUUAUACAUGUAAACAAACUACGGUGAGUUCAAAGACCGCCGAAAUUAGUAGGACAAAACGGCGCUCGCCAAAUACUCGAAUCAGUGAAGCAUGUUUAAUAUAAACUGUGCUUUAUAGCAAUUAGGGAGGUUUGUGUCAUGUUUGUCCUCAUACAGAAACCAUAUUCAAACAAAAAAAUUAUUUUUUUCCCCUCAUUUCCAUUUUUCAUAUAUUUUUGAAAAAGCUCCAGAGAGCCACUAGGGCGGCGCUAAAGAGCAUAAAACACGUCUUAGAAAUUUGGAGAAAGUUAUACAUGUAAACAAACUACGGUGAGUUCAAAGACCGCCAAAAUUAGUAGGACAAAACGGCGCUCGCCAAAUUUUCGAAUCAGUGAAGCAUAUUUAAUAUAAACAGCGCUUUAUAGCAAUUAGGGAGGUUUGUGUCGUGUUUGUCCUCCUACAGAAACCAAAUUCAAACAAAAAAUAUAUAUUU